AUGGGGACGUACACCGUGGUAUCUCUCAUUUUGGCCUUUCUAGUUCAUCUAGGUGAGUCUCAGCUUGGCUCCUUGAGCGAGAUGCUGAGCGACCCCACGAUGAGCAAGCUGUUAAUGGGAGGAGGGGGUGGUGGUGGCCUGGGCGCUGCCGGGGGGCUCGGCGGCGGAUUAGGAGGAUUAGGCGGGGGUCUCGGUCUAGGAGGCGAAUCGCAGCUAAAUAUUGGAUCGUUAAUGGAGAACCCCAUGCAGAUGCUUACAGACCCCACUAUGAGACAGUUAUUGUCAUCGGGAGGCGGAGCUACAGCAAGAGUUGUUGAUCCGGCGAUGUUGUCGGCUCUCAUAGACCUCCAGAGCGCACCUCUUCUGGACACGAACACGAUUGCGCAGCUCAGUCAGUUAAAUGACCUCAUUCCCUCCGCUCCGGCCACUGCUAAGCCAGCCACCACGCCGACCCCGGCCAAGGCAGCAUCCACCAUCAACUUAUCUAUAGGUGAUUCCUCCGCCACGCUUGGAAAAGAGCAGUCACUCGCAGAUCUUAUCAAAAGGCUUCAGUUAAGGAGAAAAAAGAAAGAAGUGGCGGCGGCCGCCUCAGCUGCCAUAGAAACAGUUCCUAACGGAAAUCUCGGCGCAGUGUUUUCAGAAACUCUUAAGCCCAGCAACCUUAACCCAAGCUUGCCCGUUGCAAAAAUGCUGGAGCUGGCGAAGGACGGCAUUGGUGUACAGCCGAGCCUGCAGAACAUGGUCUGCCCCACUAAGCAGUGUCCAUUCCCCCUAGCUUGUGGAAAUCCCGUCAAGACUUACACACCCGAAACAUUUUUCGUGUGCCCGGAGUGCCCGAUGUGCCCUGGAGACAUUCUGAAAGGUGUUUCCGCCAGGCUCGGAAAAGUUGUCAGGAUAGCCAAACCUAAAAAGAAAGCCAGGAUAACAACGAAGUCAAAUAGCGGUGCACUAACAUCGUCCUACGAUGUGUUGAACUUCGCAGGAUGACUUGUGUCACUGUAACAUGCGAAGUGGACUAUCAGCUCGGAAGGACGGUGCUGAGGAAAUUCGAAAUCAUCGGCAACCAUGAACAUUGUAGUCAAUCAUAUCCACCUCUUCAUCAGUCUGUGUGUCUCCGUGUAUUAUUUUCCUACACGUGUAUUAGUUACAAAUCAAACGUUUUGUAUCGAGAUGUCGCACUGCUUUCAUUAUGUAACAGUAUGUCGGUCACGUGAUACUAUUGUAGGGGGUUUGUCUGAAGCCUUGUGAUUGCUGUAUGGCUUAGCUGGUUUGGUCAUGGAAACGAUGUUUUCUAAUUAUAGUAAAAUAUGAUUCAAGAAACUUAUUAAAGUUAGAUAUAUACAUAAUCUCCCAUGUUUUGUUAUUCAAGAAGAGAAUUUCAUUUUUGAAAAUGCAUACUAUUUGAAUGAACCGAGGCGCUUUACGCCAACAUACUUCAUGAAACGCUAACGCGCUUCAUCAAAGUACAUGUAUGCUGGCUCGAAACACUAGCUGCUGUU